AUGUCGUUGAAGCAGGAAAUCGAGACCUGGGUUCAGGCACUGGCUCAUUACGAUAACAACGAGUUCGAAGAUGCCAUCGCCGUCUUUGCUGGCAUCGCAGACACAUCCAAGAUCCUCUUCAACUGCGGCGUCAUCUACGCUACGCUGGGCGAGCAUGUCAAAGCAGUGGACUGCUACCAGCGAGCCAUCGCCCUGGACAAGUACCUCGCCAUCGCGUACUUCCAGCAGGGCGUGUCGAACUUCCUCAUCGGCGACUUCGAAGAGGCCCUCGCCAACUUCAACGAUACCCUGCUGUACCUGCGAGGCAACACGACGAUAGACUACGAGCAGCUCGGCCUCAAGUACAAGCUCUACUCGUGCGAGGUCCUCUUCAACCGCGGGCUGUGCUAUAUCUACUUGCAGGAGGUCGAGUCGGGCAUGAACGAUCUGACCUACGCUGCAAAGGAAAAGGCAAAGCCAGACCACGAUGUCAUCGAUGAAGCCAUUGCGGAGACUGCCGAGGGAUAUACGGUGUUCUCCAUACCAGUUGGUGUGAUAUAUCGACCGAGCGAGGCCAAGGUCAAGAAUCUCAAGACCAAGGAAUAUCUCGGCAAAGCGAGGCUGGUGGCUGCGUCUGAUAGGGCCAACACCUUCACUGGCUUCCAGGGUCAUGAGACAAAGGUGCCUGUCUUUGAAAGCUCCCGGGACGACCGGCCGCCUGAGAACAUCUCAUACGGGGCUACCAACCUCGUGCAGAAGAACAUCGGAGCCAGGAGCAGACAGCAGUCUGAACCGCCCAUCAGCAGAAAUGCGUUCCCUCCAACACCACCUCCAGACGAGAAGGCUGCCUCCUCUCUCGUACCUGGUAACGGAUCUACCGGCAGCUUGGCCCGCAAACAGUCCCUGACCAGGGCAACUCGGCCCCCAGUUCUAGAGUUGGGACGAACGUCCUCUGAACAGCCACAGUCCAUUGGCGGAUCAACAGUGGUAGACAACCAGCCAACAAAAGUCCAACAGGAAAAACCCCGGGUUGGCACCAUCCGUACAGCCUCUGAGCCACGGGGGCCAGCCUCGAGACUCUCAGCCAUCCGCUACGGCCCUCCUCCAAACGGCAAGCUGCUCUUCCGCGAGACCACCGGCCAACAUCGACGACCCAUGUCCAACAUUUCCCCCUUGUCAGAGGAGCCACAGGCCUACUAUACCAUGUACGCCGCCGGACCAGGGCCAGGCUACACCACCGAAAACGGCCACACCCGACUCCCUGAAUACAUCAACGAGGAAGGCUACGAGUCCGGGACCCCCGACGAAGACUCAGGAGACGGCAUCCAGUUUGAGAUGGUCGGUGCCCAUCCACCCCAACACCAACUCUCCAGCCGCCGCCGCCACUCCUCCCGCCGUCCCGAAAUCAAAAAGAUCCGCGUCAAGGUCCAUGCCGACUCAGACACGCGCUUUAUCAUGAUCACUCCCACUACAGAAUACGAAGAGUUCGAAAACAAGAUCCGUGAAAAGUUCGGGUUCAAAGGUAACCUAAAGAUUAAAAUGCAGGACGACGGGGAUAUGGUCACCCUUGCAGACCAGGAUGACCUCGACAUGCUCGUGGCUGCGGCCAAGCAGGCGGCUCGAAAGGAGAACAAUGAUAUGGGCAAGACGGAGAUCUGGGUUAUUGAGAUCCUGUGA